AUGACGAUCUCAUAUAACCUCGAUGUGGCCUCUGUGUCAUCGUUUACGUUCCUCAAGCUUCUACUUCGAUGGCGUGGAUCAAUUUGGAAGUCUGUGAAAACCGAACUCCUUCUAUGGGUCAUUGCCUAUUAUGUUGUAUUUUGUAUCUACCGAUAUGCUCUAACUGAAAAUCAACAGAGAGAAUUCGAAAAAAUUGCCUUUUACUGCAACACAAAGCUCGACUACAUACCAUUGACAUUCAUGCUUGCCUUCUUUGUGAAUAUCAUAGCCGAUCGAUGGCGGAAAAUCUUCAACAACAUGGGUUGGAUCGAAAACCUAGCACUUACUUUGACAGCAGUGCUAAGAAGCGAGCCAGCUCAUGCAGAAGAGGCUAGACUUAUGCGUCGAUCGAUAAUUCGAUAUGCAAUACUUUCUCAGGUCGGCACAUAUUACAUUUCUUUGGAAAAGAUCAAAGAGAAUCGUUUACUAUACUAA